GCGGCGCGGCGCGGGGGCGGCCGGCGGCGGGUUCGUGGGAGAGCGCUGCGGUUUGUAACCGCACGGCGCCGUGUGAUCGCCGGCCUCGCCGCGGGCCGAACCGCGGCCGCUCCGUUGUACUGCACCGCUGAGCAGCGAUAAUGAGGUUUUGGCACUUCAGGCAUCGACAGGAGGUUAUUUCUUGCUUUAGAUGAGCCGAGAUUCUUUGGGAUCUAUGGAAACAGGUGGAUUGGAAUUCUCGUUCUUUAUGCAGUUCAUAAGGAGCAGUUUAACUGUCCUGGGGGACCAUCACUGCACAUGUACUUGCUCAUCCUCCUCUUUCUCCUGGCUGCUAUAAUAUGUGCAUUAUCUGCUCUUGUAUACGUCAGCAUGCAAGGAACAAUUUCUAAUCCAGGCCCAAGAAAAUCACUUCUCAAGCUACUUUAUAUUCGUCUCUCUCUCUGCUUGGCUGAGUUCAUCUGGGCUAUUGUAGGAGCUAUAUGGGUGUCAGACAGCAGUGUGCACUGUGAGAAGACGGUGGUAAAUGUCGUCAUUGGGACAGUUGUUGCAAGCUGGGUUAUCAUCAUCUUCACCAUCAUUGGAGUUGUCAUUGUCUUUGAUCCACUUGGGGGCAAAAAGACAUUUUACUUCACCGACAGUGUGAAUCGGAACCUGGAGAGCAGCCAGUCAGGGCAGCUGCUGUAUAACGUGAAGAGCACAGCCACCAGAGUCUGGGAGAAGAGAAUCAGGUUACUGUGUUGUUGCAUUGUGCAGGAUGAUGACCAUCGAGUGGCUUUCACAAGUAUUGCAGAGCUGUUCCGCACCUACUUUUCAGACACUGAUCUGGUGCCAAGUGACAUAGCAGCUGGUUUGACUCUGCUCCAUCAAGAGCAAGAUAAAAUGGAAAGUUGCCCAAAAGAGCCUGAAGAAGUCCUGUGUCAUUCUCCAUCAUCUCCUGUGACAGAUGAUUUGGAUAUUGAACUGGAGAAUGCUGCUCACUACAUGCUGUUUGCUGCAGCUGCGUAUGGCUGGCCCUACUACAUAUACACCAACCCAUUUACUGCACUCUGUAAGCUCAAUAGUGACUGUUGCAGAAAUAGACCAACAGAUUCUGAUAUAACUGGCAGUGAUCGGCAUAACCUGCACUUUGGAUCCAUCCUAAAUAUCACAGGACUGCAGUACAGAGACUUCAUUCAUAUCAGUUUUCAUAACAAGAUCUAUGAGAUUCCAUUUUUUGUUGCUCUGGAUCACAAAAAAGAAGCUAUUGUGGUUGCAGUGAGAGGCACCUUGUCUUUUGAGGACAUUCUCACUGACCUGUCAGCAGAUUGUGAAGACCUGACACUGGAAGAUGUUCUGGAAAAUGGCUUCGUGCAUAAGGGAAUAACUCAAGCUGCAAAUUACAUCUAUCGAAAGCUAAUAAACGAUGGGAUUUUAAACCAGGCUUUCACCAUUGCUCCAGAAUAUAAGCUUGUGAUAGUUGGUCACAGUUUGGGUGGUGGAACAGCGUCUAUAUUGGCCAUCAUGCUCAGGAACUCUUUCCCAACGCUGCGGUGUUAUGCCUUUUCUCCUCCAGGAGGACUGUUAAGCAAAUCACUUGCUGAUUACACUAAGCACUUCAUUGUUUCAGUCAUUGUUGGAAAGGACCUUGUUGCAAGGUUAAGUAUGCCCAACAUGGAGGAUUUAAAGAGGAGAAUAGUGAGAAUUGUGGCAAACUGCAACAGACCCAAGUACCAGAUUUUGCUGCGUGGGUGUUGGUAUGAAGUAUUUGGAGGGGAUCCAGAUAACUUCCCAACUGAGCUGGAUGGUAGAAACCAAGAUGCCCUGACCCAGCCACUUCUAGCUGAGGAGAGUUUAAUGGUUCGUCGGUCGCCUUCCUACAAUGCCCUUGAGGAUGAAUCACACUUAAAUUCACCCCCUCAGUAUCCUCACCUGUAUCUUCCUGGAAAGAUUAUCCAUAUUGUAGAAGAAUCCAGCUCGAAGAGGUUGUGCUCUUCGGAUAUUAAAUAUACAGCAAGAUGGUCAAACGAAACAGCCUUCAGCAGCAUUUUAAUAAGUCCCAAGAUGAUAACAGACCACAUGCCAGAUGUCGUGCUCAAAGCUCUGAACAGUUUGUCUCAGGAACAUGGAUCGUGUAUCCCUUGUCAGACACGAGAGUGCAACACCAAUGUCCUGUAGCCACAGCUCAAAGGUGAGGCCUGGCUGAGUUUACUGCAGGUUUCAGGUAUUCAGGAGACACUCCACUGUCCCACAGAAGUGGAUUUCAGUACUUUUCUCACCUUGCAUAAAAUAAACAAGGGCUGGAUGGCCUGGCCUCUGCAGUGCCCUCGAGGGCUGAGCUCGCACAGAGGCUGCAGCUCCACCUGUGGACUCUGGAGCAGCUGAUACUUGACCAAAGGGAGUGUGUGUGUGGGGACAGAGGCCACCAAGCCCUGGGAAGAACCUCCUUCUGCUGCAGGGACACCGAGUCAGCACCCUGCAGGCCACCCUUGGCAAAGGCCGAGGGGGCUGGAGGGAAGGAAGGAAGGAGCAGCCAGCGUGAGGCUGCCAGCCGAGAGAGGCUGCCCAGGGGCUGCCCGUGCCAGUGUCAGCGCAGUUCAGAUUGAUUGCACUAUUGUGGUAUCAUCCCGGGGGGUGGGGGGAGUGUUGUGGUUAAAUGCUGCUUGCCUAGACGUGCAAUAUUCUUUACCUUUUGUAUUUGUUGAUCCAUGUGACUACUUUUAAUGGGUUUUAAUUAAACUAAUACCAUAACUACUGAAUGAGAAGGAAAAUUCAUGACCUGGCAUCUGCAAGUAAGUACCCACCCACUUCUGUGACCAGCUGUACUCAUUUUAAGAAGUGGAUUCUUUGUUUCUAGUGUGCAACUAUUUUAACUUUUUUUAAAGGCUCAGCAGCAUUUCUUACUAAAAGAAAUUCUAGAAAUAAGUAAUAUGAUGUGGCUGAGAAUGACCAUGUGGAUGUUCUUGCCGUGAUACUAUGGAGCCAAAAUAAAAUGCACUGUAAAAACUG